AUGAUUACAGGGCUCUGGCGGCCUGUGACCCCCUAUUCAGUGCCUGAUUCGCUCACCAUUCGUUUGCCAACCUUGCAAUUUUCAUACCCAGUUUCAAGGUUUGGCUGUACAGCAACGCGCCUCGAGGCUCGAGCAGAAAUCGGACUGUUUAGUUCUACAGCCUCCAAACUACAUCUAAAACUGGUUCCGAAAGGAAUUUUUGGGGAUAGAUGUUCACCAGGAGCUCAAGGAUGGAUGUCUAUUCUGGAGGUCUAUCCUAGUGCGAGUUUCAUUACUACAACAUCGAGGGUGAACAAGAACACUAUGCGGUCUAUACUCACCUUCGCUGCUACUAUUGCUCUCGCAGUCUCAAAUCUUGCCAAGCCCAAGGAGCUGCGGGAUGUGUGCAACUUUCAUCAGGCCCAGCCUUGCCUUGGCGCGCAUUUUAAUUAUUCCUACAAGAAGCAGAAAUAUUACAGAUCAACCGACCAACACAAACCAUCAGAUGUUUGCAAGUAG